UCAACGGACAUGACCUCCCAGCAAGUGGAGGAUCUUAUCCUCUCCUUGUUCUGGGACAAGCUUGAAAAAUUUCCAAAACCUAAAUUCAUCUUUGUGAAGGCGGAGAGAAAUAAAAUUUUCCGGCCGAAUAUGCCAAUAGGCACGAAAUUUGAUGGACAGACAGUCCUCAAUCUGUGUGGACAGGGGGUGGUCAAUGUAAUGGCCAGCGGCCAAAUAAAGGAUGGCUUUGACCCAACCCUUUAUCAGAAUGUCCAGGACUUUGUCAGUGACAAUGAUGAGGAGGAGUUGCCAGUGGCAUUCCCGGAUCAACAGUUACCAUCUAUAGUUGCCCGAGGAAAUUUGGGACGAAGUUUGCCCUCCUCAGUUUCUCCCCAGGUGAUUAAUAUCCAGCGAAGUGAUAGGAGAAUACCACUGACAGGACCUACAUGUACAACAGAUGUCCCUUCAGUUAAUAGAGGAACAUACAGCCAGUAUGUUGACUUGAAUGUUCAUCAAGAGGAUGAUGAUGAUGAUGGAGAUAGAGAGGAUGAUGAACUAAACCAGGCUAUAAGAGCCUCUCUUGAAGAUAGAAACAAAAUUGAUGACACUACUACAAUUAGAGAUGAACUCGUGCUACUUCAGAGCCAAAUAGACGAUGACAAGACAUCAAAGUUUAACGUCAACAGACGAGACGUGUUUGAUGGGGCAAAAAUUGGCUUUCGAAGGAAGUCGUAUAGCCCCUUCGAUGGAAUGUCGGUUGUUUUUACGGAUGAGAAUUCCUUCGUCUCUUAA